AUGACAACAGACAACCCAUUUAGCUAUCCCAGUGUAAUAUUUACUCCCAUCUUAAAGGGCCUCACAGAUACAGCCAUUGUUUUUCAAUAUGUAGUGUUGGGUGACGACGCUGAAAAAUCCCGCAAGCAUCAUAUUGAGACCUCAGUCUCUCCUUCAUUACUAUGGACAUCCCGACUUUUUUUUGGUGGUAUAGCAGCAGGAUUUGUUUCAGGAGCAGGAUUGCAAGGACAUAUUCGAUCUCGUCAGUUUCUGGCUGAAAACGCUCAUCGCUUGCCUCGCACUGUUGGCGGUUGGUACUUUUAUCAUCGACAUAAACAAUUGGCAAUCAUUAGUGGAGCCGGAGUGGGCGGUGUGUACUAUGCUGCAAGGUUUGGACUGUUGUCUGCAAUGUUUGGUGUUGCUGAACAUGCAAUCGGAGAGUGGGUGACUGGAAAGGACAUAUUUGUGAAUGCAUUGGGUGCUGGGCUGUUUACUGCCGCUGCAUUCAGUCGAAUAGCUGGAUUGUCGUGGCAAGCAUCCCAACGGGCAUUUAAAUAUGGUGGUGCCUGUGGACUGCUGAUUGGAUUACUAGAAGAUGCCUAUUCGCUCUUGAACGGACACUCGAUCAAGAAUCCCAAUUUGCCUGAAUUGGGUUGGAGAGCUUACCUGGAUGGAAGUAGAUGGUUUGGAAAAUCUGAAUCAAAUGAAUAA